GUCUUUCUCCAGCAUCAAAAGACAAUAACCAAGUGAGAUCCACUCAACCCCACCAUAACCAACCACAACCCACAUUUCCAAUCUCCAGCAAAAUCUUCUAGCCUUUCCAAAGAUACGCUUCUCACCCUCCAAACCAAGCUUCAAUCACAAAUAAAGUCAAAAAUGGCCCAAACAAUGAAAGCAAUCAUCUUCGACGGCCCCCACAAAAUCUCCAUCCAAGACCGACCCAUCCCCACUUUACAAGCAGAAACAGAUAUCAUCGUCGAAGUCACUUAUACAGCGUUAUGCGGCUCGUAAGUCACCUCCCCUCUUGUAGACGUUAUAUUAAUGUGAGCAGCGAACUACACGUAUUCCGCGGCAUAGAAAAAUGCGAGCCUGGAUUCAUCAUGGGUCACGAGUUCACGGGCACAGUGAAAGAUAUAGGGUCUCAAGUCAAGAGCGUGAAAGUUGGAGAUAGAGUUGUGUCUCCAUUUACUGUUUCUUGUGGAGAGUGCUUUUACUGCCUUGACGACUUCUCGUCUCGCUGUACCAAGAACCAACUUUUUGGCUCGCCGUCCCUAGAUGGAGGUCAAGCGGAAUUUGUUCGUGUUCCGCUGGCAGAUGGGACUGUUGUAAAAGCUCCAAACAGUAUUCCAGAUCGGGCGUUGAUUCUCAUGGCCGAUAUUUUUCCAACGGGUUUCUUUGGAGCGAAGAAUGCAUUCAAGUUUCUGACUCCGAAGCAAAUUACUAAUUCUGUUGCGGUGGUUAUUGGCUGUGGACCGGUGGGGUUGUGUGCUGUGAUUUCGGCGUUGAGUUUCAAGCCUAAGAAGGUCUUUGCUGUUGAUAGUGUAGAAAGUAGAUUGGAGUUGGCGAGAAAGCUAGGGGCUGAGCCGUUGAAUUUUGCCAAGGAUAGGGAGGGGAUGGAGAGGAGGGUCCUGGAGGAGACUGAGGGAAGAGGGGCGGAUUUGGUUAUUGAGGUUGUGGGCUUGAGUCCAGCAUUAAAAACGGCGUAUGAUCUAGUCAGACCGUUUGGUAUUAUUUCGAGUAUUGGUGUCCAUAAUGGGGAGAUUCCAUGGUCUGGCGCUCAAGGAUACGACAAGAACUUGAGGAUCCAGAUGGGAAGAUGUCCUGUACGGUCCGUAUAUCCAGAAGCGUUGCAGCUUUUUGAGCAGAAGCAAGAUCUGUUUGGCUUCAUGUUCGAAAAGAUCAUGCCCCUGUCUGAAGCUGUUGA